AUGUUUACAUCCCUCAACGGGCUAUUGAAACGGAUCACUACAAAAAGAACUAUGACAACCAUCACCAAAAACACAAAUUUGGCCGAUGCGAAGGCUCCACAGGUCAUGCUAAGCGCCAAGACGUUUUUUGACCAGCUCACGUCGCGCGAGAAGCUCUACGCGCAUUACAUGUCCAAAGCAUCUCACUGUGGGACGAGAAUUGUGUUGCGCCAGGUUUCGCAUGAAAGCGAAAGCAUUUACGAUUUGAUCAUGAUGGUGCACUCCGGGACUGGUGCAUCGUACCCUGAAACAGCUGACCGCGAGCUUUAUUUCGAUUACAUCUCGCAGUUUUUGGCCAAUUUGGGCAACUACAAGUCUUUUGGCGACACAAAGUUCGUUCCGCGCUGCUCAAAACAGUAUUUUUAUGGGCUUUUGGAGUUGGCGAACAUCGACAAAGCUGCCAGAAGCAGCGACGUUUCUGGCAAAUUCGCGUUGUGGCAGGACGUGAUAGAUAAAGGCAUCUUCGAAGUCGAUGAAAAAACCGGAUUACUCGGGUUUCCUGCUACGGGGUAUACGUCGUCGUAUUAUUUCGGCCCGGUAUCUGACAAAGACAUGGUCCUUCUGAAACACGAAGUGUUUGCUGCGCUAAAGAUUUUACCAGAAAAUACCAGAAUCAAGAAACUGGCAAGCGGCGAUUUUGAGAUUCUUGUGGCUUCUGCCUCUCGCAGUUCCGAGGUGCCAGGCUACCCGCAAGGGCCAGUAAGCCUCUCUAAUUGCAGAAGCGCGGUUUUCAAAUUUGGCGACCACUGUCGAGAGAUGGCGAAAAUUAGUGAAUAUCUGAGAGCCGCCCAGCGUUACGCGGCUAAUGAUGAGCAGGGUAGGUUCCUCGCCGAGUACAUACGCCAUUUCGAGACUGGCUCGUCUGAGGCCCACAAAGAGUCUCAAAAAAUCUGGGUCAAAGAUAUAUCGCCAGUAAUCGAGACAAACAUUGGGUUCAUCGAGACGUACCGUGAGCCCUCGGGAAUCAUUGGCGAAUUUGAGUCUCUGGUGGCUAUUCAGAAUAAAAAUCGGACGGCCAAGUUCAGUACUCUAGUCAAGAAUGCUGAGAAAUUCAUCAAGCUAUUGCCUUGGGGAUCUGAUUUCGAGAAACCUAAAUUCCAACCGCCAGAUUUUACUUCACUAGAGGUUCUGACUUUUGCCGGUAGUGGAAUACCGGCGGGUAUAAACAUUCCCAACUACGACGAUGUAAGGCUCAACAUCGGCUUUAAAAACGUCUCCCUCGGUAACAUUUUGAACGUGUCCCUGAACUCGAAGCAGACACCCACUUUUAUAAAGGACACGGACCUUGAACUUUUCAGAAAAUACCAAGCGGAUUCCUUCGAAGUUCAAGUGGGCAUUCACGAGCUCCUUGGCCACGGCUCGGGCAAGCUUAUGUGCGAACUCGAGGAUGGCACGUUCAAUUUCGAUGUUCAUAACCCGCCCCACGAUCUUUCUGGUAACCCCGUGAAAACUUACUAUCGCAAGGGUGAGACCUGGGGGUCUAAAUUCGGUAGUGUAGCUGGACCCUUCGAGGAAUGCCGUGCAGAAUUGAUUGCCAUGUAUUUGAUCACAAAUCGUGAGAUUCUGUCAAUCUUUGGCUUCGAUACCAGAGAAGAGCAGAACAACAUCAUUUACGCCGGGUUUCUGCAAAUGGCCAGGGCAGGCCUUGUCGCUCUCGAAUUCUGGGAUCCUUCCACGCGAAAAUGGGGCCAGCCUCACAUGCAGGCCAGGUUCGCCAUCAUGAAAACCCUGCUCAAUCACGCCAAUGGCUCUAAUUUGCUCACUUUGGAUUAUUCCCAAAGCGACCACAGCGAUUUGACGAUAAACCUGAACAGGUCAUUAAUUGAAAGUCAAGGACACGAUGCAAUUGCGCAGUUCCUACACGAGCUGCACAUCUAUAAAUGUUCGGGCGACCAAGACAGAGGUACGCAAUUCUUUCUCGAAAGAAGCGACGUUGACGGGGAUUUAGCAAAUUUUAGAUCAAUUGUGAUCGAGAAGAAACUACCAAGAAGACAGAUUAUUCAAGCCAAUACAGAUCUUGUGAACGACGAAAUUAAGCUUAAAGAAUAUGAAGAGUCUCCUUCCGGAAUGCUCCAGUCAUUCCUCGACAGAGAGGUCUAA